AUGGACGGUCACGAUGCGAUCUCGCGUGCCGCCACGCUAGGCGACACGUACUAUACAGGGACUGACGUAUCCGCGGCGGUUUAUUUUGGAACAAGCCUUCCCGCCGUACCUCCCGCCGCAUCUCCCGUCCCCUGGCGCGAGCGGGAUGCGGGCGCGGCGGCGGCGGAGACGGACAUGAGAUGGGCAGUAGCGCGAUUUGCGGCGACUCCUCGUACUCCUACCGCUGCCGCUAGGAACUCUGCUCUCAAUUCUCCUACCGCUACUACCACUCCUAGUAGGAAAAAUACGGCUAUUGUUACCGCCACGGCUCAGGGCGCACGCAGGGGGUCUCCGCGACAGCCAGCGGAAAAACCGGGGCUCCGCGCAGCAGCGGAGAAUCCGCGGACGCUUGAGUCGCUUGCGCGGGGAUCUCCGCGGCAGGUGGCGGAUAAAGUGUCUCCCGCAGCACGGGCGGGUGACCCGCAGCCGCCGUUUGAGUCGCCUGGAAGGCGAGCAACGCGGGAUGGGGCGUCGCAGCAAUGCGGCGGCGAGGGGAGGAAGGCCGUUGCGAGGAGAUCGUUUGAUUCGUGUGACGCGCUUAAAAGCCCAGCCCUCGUGGCAGCGGGGGUUUCGUCUCCCCAAUCACUGCGCGGCGGGAAAGAGCGGGAGAAGAAGGGGGAGUUGAAGGAUAACCUGUUGAAGAAGAAGCAAGGGUUUCUUGAAGGUGCAUCGUGUGUAAAGGGAAGUGCGCCGGUGGUAGGUAGCAGCAGCGCGAGGGCCAAGGCGCGGGAGAGAGAGACCAAGGAGUUGACAGAUAACCUGUUGAAAGAGUUUUUUGAAGGGGCAGCGAGUGGCAUAGAAGGUGCAUCUCCCGGUAAGCGAAGGCCGCCCGUGGUAGGUAGCAACGCGAGGGCGAAUGGCAGGAGGACUAUUGGGUCGCUGGCAGAGCUGCGCCAGCUGGCAAUCACUGAGCAUGGGCGGCAGACGCCUGGACAUGGGCCGCAGCUGACGCAGCACAAGCAGCAAUUGACGGAGCACGGGCGGCAAUUGACGGAGCACGGGCGGCAAUUGACGGAGCACAGGCGGCAGCAGCAGCAGCAGCAGCACCAGUAA